UAUAAAUUCGCUCAAGGGGAGCUUUUGGGCAAAUACCAUAGCGAUGCUGUGGAUGUGACUUCAAACAACAGCUUCACUACAAUAGACUCCUGUGAACCACAAUGAAAGACGACUUUGCUGAUGAGGAGGAGGUGCAGUCCUUUGGGUAUAAGAGAUUUGGAAUCCAGGAGGGUACGGAGUGCACAAAGUGUAAAAAUGACUGGGCAUUGAGGGCAGCUAUUGCACUGCUCUAUGUGCUCUGUGCCCUGCUCACCAUAGCAGUGGCUGUCCUUGGGUUCAAAGUGGUCCAGAAAAUGGACAAUGUCACACAGGGGAUGCAGAAUUAUGGAGGCAAGAUCGAUGCUGUGGAGACUCACUUAAAGAAACUAAAUAAUCAGGCAGGAGAAAAGUCCAUAAAUGCUACCACUGAAAUCAAGACUUUUAAGUCAGAUCUUGAGGCAUUACAGAACCAACUGAAUGACAUUGCUGUCAGGGCAACCAGGAACAGGGACAUGCUGGAUGAACUUCAAACCACAGGAGAUGACAUGCAUAAUGGCCAUGUCUCCCUGCAGAAUUUUCUGGAAGGCAAUGCUGCCUCACUGCGCGGGGUCAACCAGACCUUGGCUUCCUACAGUGGCAUGAUUGAGAACCUCCAAAGAGACACUGCACGGCUUCAGUCAGAGAUACAGGGCCAGGUCAAAGUGCAGAGCCAGACCCAGGUUAGUGUCAGUGCACUAAACAUCACGCAAUCCCAGCAGCGCAAUGUUCUCAGCACACUGCAGAAGACAGUUGAAGACACAGGCCAGACAGUGCAGAAACUGAAGAAUGACUAUCAGGGUCUGCAGCAGGCAGCCAGACAGACCCGGGCUGACACAGAGUGGCUAAAGGAAAAGGUCCAGAACCUUCAGGUUUUGGCAGCUAACAACUCAGCACUAGCUCGGUCCAACGGAGAAGCCCUGGAUGACUUGGGGGCUCAGCUCAGCACACUAGCCAGCCAGAUCCAGAACACUUCAACCAUCACUGAAGGACAUGAUCAGAACCUGCGUGAACUCAUGGACCACCAGAGAGACCAUGAUAACACCACGUCAUCCAAGUUCGAUGAGAUGGAAACACGCUUAGACAGACAUGAGAAUGACAUGGACCGUGUAACUGGAAAUGUGAGCUUUGCCACGCAGCUACUAGGUGCAAUCAGCUCUGAUCUUAAUGGCCUAAGGUCCUGUGCUGAGACAGUGAUGCGUCAUACAGAUCUGUUAGCGGGGCUGAAUGAUAGUGUGACAGAAGCCAAGGCAGAUAGCCAAGAGCUGCGCGCCCAGCAGGACGAGCUAGCAGCAAGGUUGGACAAAGAAGUCAGCAGCAUGUCUGUGGUGAUGGAGGAGAUGAAGGUGGUGGACAGCAAACACUCACAGCUCAUCACCAACUUCACCAUCCUGCAGGGUCCACCAGGUCCAAGGGGCCCCAGGGGUGACAGAGGUCCUCAGGGCCCAGUGGGCCAGGCAGGACAGAAGGGUGAUAAAGGAGACAAAGGGAUGCCGGGAUUGGUGGGACCAAAAGGAGAGAAGGGUGCUACUGGGCCGCCAGGUGCAACAGGUCCUAAGGGUGCAGCUGGGCCUCGAGGCCUUCCAGGAGCUAAGGGAUCAAGAGGGUCUGGAGGUCGACCUGGAAAUCCUGGUGACAAAGGUGACCCUGGAGCUCCAGGGCUCCCUGGCAGGGAUGGACAGUCAGGGAUGCAAGGACCUCCAGGACCACAGGGCCCCAGUGGACAAAAAGGACCUGCUGGGAUAGAAGGGCCUCGUGGGUCUGUUGGACCUAUUGGCCCUCCUGGUCCUCCAGGGCUACCAGGGCUACCUGCACCUCCACCACCUCCGAUUUUAAAGCCUCCUCAGCCUACUCAAGCCCCCAAACCACCUCAACCUUCCAAACCAGCAGAGGAACCACAAGGCUCCAUGUCCCGGCAGGUCCAGAUUCCUGCGGCUACCACUCAGAGUCCUGGUUGCCCAUCUGAGUUCAGGAAGUUUGGAAGCAGCUGCUAUUACUUCUCCUCUGGUGCUCAGAGACUUAACUUUGACGAAUCCAAUCAGUUUUGUACCAACACGUCAUCUCACAUGCUCAUUAUCAAUGACAAUGAGGAACAGCAAUUUGUGAGAAAUGCAAUCGAAGGAAACGGCUAUUUCUGGCUGGGCCUCACUGACAGGGAGACAGAAAAUGUUUGGAAGUGGGUGGAUGGAACCCUACCAGUUUUCAAGAAGUGGAAGCCUGGUCAGCCUGAUAACUGGACCCAUGGCCAUGAAGAUGGCGAGGACUGUGCCGGCCUUAUCCAUAAUGCCAACUGGAAUGAUUUCUACUGCACUGACCGCAUUGGCUUCAUUUGUGAACGGCCCUCUGACUUGGAGGUUCCAGUUUUAUAGCAUCCAUCGAUGACAGUGUGAGCUGUCUCUGGAAAAAGGGUGAAAAGGACUAAAUGCAAGGACAAUGAAGAACAUGAGAAGGAACUCUAGAGAACUGGAGGACUCUGAUAAAGCCAGUCCAGUCAAGCAUCACUGAGACUAGGACUGAUCGUUGUCUUAAAAGGCACUUUACAACACAGUAUGGUGCAAAAGACAGAAGAUGCACAUACCCAGCCCACUAUUGUACUGAUUUAGUAUUUGUACUGAAGGAAACAUGAGAAUGUAGUCAUUUAUUUAGGCUAUAAUAAGUCAUUAUUUGGUGCAGCCACUGUUGUACAGGUGUAUCUGUAAAUAAUAUUUCACAAAGGAUACAGUGUUGGUUCUGGAUUGAUUUUCAUAUUGCUUCAUUUCUUGAACGGAUUUUCAAUAUUCACACUUACAAACAAAUAUAUAACAGAGGAUUAUGUUGUUAAUAAAGUGGAACUAUUUUU